ACAUUGAAAUUUUGACAGUUGGUUAUCUUAUACAUUCCUCGCCGGUCAAAUCAUUAAAGAGAAAUAAAAAUUGUUUCCUAUUAAUGUUAACAUAGCUAAAUGUAUUAAAAUAUAAUGAAUUAUAAAUACAAUUACAGUUGGGGAAUUUUGACAUUAGUCAUUCAUUUAAUUCUUUUAUGGGGUGUACUGGAUAUCAAUUUUCAUUCACCAAUAAUACAAAAUCUCCCAAGAAUACCGGUUACAGAAAAAGGUCCAGCUAAACGAUUAUUAAUCUUUGUAGCGGAUGGACUACGAUUUAGAACAUUCUGGGAUAAUAUUCCACCUUAUUUAAGUGAUGUAAUUAGAUUAGAUGGAAUUUGGGGAAUUUCGCACACUAGGAUGCCAACGGAAUCUCGUCCUGGAAAUAUAGCAAUUGUCGCAGGUCUUUAUGAAGAUCCGAGUGCUCUUUUUAAGGGUUGGAAAGAAAAUCCUGUAGAUUUUGAUUCAGUAUUUAAUCAAAGUUAUCUAACAUGGGGAUGGGGCAGUCCGGAUAUUAUAUCUCUAUUUUCAAAAGGAAAACAAGGAAACUUUAUUGGAAAGAGUUAUUCUGCUAGUUGGCAAGAUUUUGAUCCCUCAUCAUCAACUAUCAGGUUGGAUUCCUGGGUAUUUGAACAGUUUUUACAAUGGUUUAAUAAUGAUGCAGAUAGUGUCAAAGAUAAAGACAAAAUUAUUAUUUUCUUUCAUCUUUUGGGAUGUGAUACUGCCGGUCACGUUAGUAAGCCUCACUCCAGUGCCUAUAUCGAUAACCUAAAAUAUGUGGAUAAACGAAUAGAAGAAAUAGUUCAUAAAACAGAAAACUAUUUUGAGCCUGGAAGCACAGCUUAUUUGUUCACUUCAGAUCAUGGAAUGACUGAUUGGGGAUCACAUGGUAGUGGUUCAAAGGAUGAAACAGAAACGCCUUUUGUCAUUUGGGGUGCUGGAGUUUCGAAAAAUUCAAAUCUUCAAGACAUUGAACAAGCUGAUUUAACUCCUUUAAUUUCAACUCUUUUGGGAAUACCGGUUCCCGUUAAUAAUGAGGGAAUUUUGAAAUUACAUUUUCUCUCUUCGGAAUACAAAGAAUACGGAGUUCGUGCUCUGCUUCGAAAUAUAAGACAAUUAUCAUUUCAAGUAGAGGCAAAUCGAGAACUCAGUCUCGGUACAAGUAAAAUUAGAACAAAUUGGAGAGAGAGACAAAUAAAUGCAAGUAUUCAGAGAAUUGAAACAUUAAUGCGCGAAGGAAAACUUGCAGAAAGCAUUGCCGAAGGAGAAAGAACUGUUUUAUUUGCAAAAGUGUCUUUAAAUUAUUUCCGCCAGUAUCAAAGAAAUCGGUUAAUUUUAUAUUUAACACUAAUGUGGCUUGGAUGGAUUACUUUAUUGUUUUUGAAGAUUACUGCAAAGCCCAAACAAAUUAAAAAAUCAUUUUUAUUGAAAUUAACAUUCUGUUUUGCUUUUUUCCUUUUACUUGCUGAAUAUGUGGUAUUUGGAUAUAAAGAUCAACGUAUAUUAGGAUACGGAAUAUUGUCAAUUGUUUCUAUAUGGUUGGCGAUUUUCCAAUUUAUUAAUACAUCAUCCUUUUUAAGAAUAAAGAGUACAAAAAUUCUUUUGUUCGGCGUGAUAAUGAUCACCUUACUAAUCUUAAUCAUGUUUGCUGGAUUAAUAUACAGAACUUUUUUUACAUUUGCCAUGUUGUACAUUGUACUAUUACAAAAAAUAUUAUUAAGCGGAGGAAAUUCAUGGUUUUUGAGGACUGGACUAUUUUUAGCUGUUUUUCCAUCUUUACCAGUUGUUGAAUCUGAACCACGUAUUAUUCUUGUAUUAAUAUCCUUAUUUUUUAUUGGUUUGAUAUCUUUUAAAAGAGAAUCCUCAGGAAAAAUAAAAUGUUUGGAAAUUACACGACUUAUAUUAACUGGAUUAGUAUAUCUGGAAAUUUUAGAUGGUCGAUCUUGGAUAUCAUGGUUAAUUUUAUUCAGUACUCCUAUAUGUAUUUGGAUGUAUGCCCUAGAAUUUGAUGAAAUGAUUAUGGGUGUUACAUUACAUUUAUCAUGCCCUCUUGUUUUACUUUCAACAUCAUAUGAACCUUUAUUCUUUUUGGUACUUGCUUAUCAUUUUCGCUAUUGGCCUAUUGAGAGUGAGCAAAAAGAUUUAAAGGAUAAUACAACACAUAUAGAUAUACAAGAUUUAGUGAAAGCUGCUUCUUUGAUGUUAUAUACAUUGCUGUGCUUUUUUGGUACAGGAAAUAUGGCAAGCAUAAGUUCCUUUGAUCCAAGGUGGACAAGACAUUUUGUUACUGUUUUUUCACCAUUUACAAUGAUGAUUCUUAUUUUAUUGAAAAUAAUGAUUCCACUGAUAUUGGUUGGUUGUGCUAGUCGUGCUUUUGCAUCCUCUACAGUAUUUGCAGGAGUGCUUUUCCUUGGGAAUUGUUUGACUUUGCCACUUAUUUUUGGAGUUACAAAUCAUGGAAGUUGGUUGGAUAUUGGCAGUGCGAUCAGUAGAUUUAUUAUUGCCCUCGCUUUACCAUAUUCCCUAUUCAUUUUGUAUUACUUGUCUUAUGCAUUUAUAUCAUUACGCUUUUCAAACACUUUAAAAAGUGCUUUUCAAAAAGCCUCUCAAAGUGUUUAAGAUUAUUUUGAAAAUUCAACGAACCUAUACUAUUGGAUUAAAGAAGUUCUUCGCAUAUUAUGGAUGCUACGUGACUGAAAUGUGAUAAAUUUCACAGUGAUAUUUUUAAUUAAAUCAGUGUUUCCAAAUAUCAAAAAAGUGAAUUGUUUCCGUAGCAACUGUUGCUAUGGUUACUAUAGCAACCACUCCCAUAGCAACUGUUGUUAUGAAAAUGGUUACCAUAGUAACUGUUUAUACUGCAACGGUUGCUAUGAUAAUAGUAAUGAUAAAUUAUUAUAACCUAAUAAUUCGCUAACGCUUCAGUUUUUAUGGAAAUAUUUCUGUAAAACUAUUGGGAUUUUCUCGAGAGUUAAUUAUUUAUUUUAUUUUUUAUGCCUCGAAACCCCAAGAUACAGGCGCUUUGCUCCUGCUUCUCUUACUGGUUUCUAAUAAUUAUGUUACUUAAAAUAUUAUCUGUGAAGAGUAUUAAAGACUGUAGUCUCUACACAAGUAAACCUACUCAAAGGUCGCAUUUUUUGUUAUCGGUUGAGGAGAUGAUUUAAGAGUUGAAAGUAGACCUUUUGUUGCUAAAAAAAAUCCCUAAAAUUACAAGAAAGGUUAAAGCUCUUUCAGUUUAAUAUAUAAUUUUUAAGCAUUUGGUAUAAAAGAUCCAAUAUGAUGACCGAAAAUAUUGAAAGAUCAUCAGAUUCGCAACAAAAGGAUUAGUUUCAACCAACCAUUAAAUCGUCCUUUUGCCUAUAACAAAGAAUAAGAAUAAGUUUACUUGUAAAAGACUAAUGUAUUCCCAGAUAACUAAUGUAUCUGGCUCCUGAAUAGUGUGAAUUGUAAUUUCUCUAACCUGAAAAUAGACUAAAUUUUACUACUCACAAUUUUUCAAUAAUAAACAUAUUGUACAGUUUAUUAUCUUUUGACUAAGAGCGGCUACGACACUAUAUUUUUUAAUGUAGUUUUGUAAAACUUAUACAUUUUUAGAUAUUGAUACAUUUUUAUUUUCAAAUAUUAAUGAUGGGUAAAUUUUAUUUAAUUUGAUGCUAUUAGGGUAAGUCCGGGGGAG